AUGCAUCGACAGUCUGUGAACGCAGCACCGCCUCUCAACGGUUACCAGGGGCGACGCAAAUCGAAACCGUCCUCCACCAAUCACAGAACGAGGUCCUGCAAACGAGCCAAUCAGGAGGCUCAACCAGGGAGCCCCCCCCCACCGCCUCCGGGUCACGUCCACGUAGCGGGGACCACACCUGUGCACGUUCAUGUGAGAAGCAGCAAACCCCAGCAGAACAGGACAAAAGAUUAUCAGAAGAAGGGAGAUGGAGCGAGGAAUAAAGUUCGAUCUCCGUGGAUUCCUCCAGGAGGAUCGUCCUCCCGAAAAGACGUGGGCUUACAGUCCUGCCAGAGAAGCCGAGCGCAGCUUCAGUCCGGACAUCGGCGUGGGGGAGGGGAUCAUGAGGAAAACAUGACGCCAGUGCCCAGAAGCAUCAGCACCCGGCACCGAGAGGAAGAAGAUGUCCGUCAUUUAAAGAGAUCGGAUUCAAGGAGCACACACGGAGAGACGGACGAGCUCUUGAGGGCCUUAGUAGAAGCAGAAAUCGACGGCGUAACAGUAGCCAAACAGCUCAAUACCCUCAAGGCCACUGUCGACCACCUCGUAAAGGACAAGCGUCUGUCGAAGCUGAACGCAGCCUCAGUGGGGCGACAGCAGGAGUUGUUGUUGGAGAAGAUACAGAUGUUCGACUACACGAAUCACAGUCUCCAAGAGCUCCUCAGAGAGUGGACCCAGAACGAGAGAGAUUCACUGGCUUGGUCUGAACAGAAAGAAGCCUUGAAGAAGAGAUUGGCUGACAGUGAAGCUGAGAACAUUCGACUUUUGGCCCAUCUCAACGACAAGGAGAAAGAGGCGUCCAGGCUCACUCAGCAUUUGGACUUAGAAAAGGAAAACCUGAGGACAGCGGAAGAGCAGUGGAGAAUCCUGGAGUCAAAACGCAACAAUAUGGAGUCUCAGAUGAACACAGUGGAGGCUGAAAAGGCUCGAAUGUCUGCUCAGAUUCAGGGGCUGCAUUGGGACCAGUUUGCAUGGAGUAAUCCACCACCGUUUUCCACUGCGGGACAGAGGAUGCAGGAGAAUCAAGAGCCUAGGCAGGAGGUGCGACAGACUCUAAGACAGCGGAGGGACAACAACCACGAGGAGACGCAGCGUAGGAACGACAACCACAAGGAGAUGCAGCGUAGGGACCUAGACCACGGGGAGACUCAGCGUAGGGACCACAACUACGAGGAGACGCAGCGUAGGGACCACAACCACGGGGAGACUCAGCGUAGGGACCACAACCACGGGGAGACUCAGCGUAGGGACCACAACUACGAGGAGACUCAGCGUAGGGACCACAACUACGAGGAGACGCAGCGUAGGGACCACAACCACGGGGAGACGCAGCGUAGGGACCACAACCAGGAGGAGACGCAGCGUAGGGACCACAACCACGAGGAGACGCAGCGUAGGGACCACAACCAGGAGGAGACGCAGCGUAGGGACGACAACCACGGGGAGACGCAGUGGAGGCGAGACCAGGAAGCUCCGGCUCUGGUGACCCAGCACUCCCCCAGAGAGCUGGAAGGAAGACUUCUGGAGAAGGAAACCCAGUUGGUUCAAGCUCUGGCCACAUCCAGAGACUGGUGCCUGCGACAUUCUAAAGAGGCGACUGCUAAGAAGCAGCUGGAGGAGGAAGUGUCUGCUCUCAAAUUCCACAUGAACGAGCUGGAUUACCGGCUUCACACAGCAGAGGAGAGGACCCGGCAGGAGAGGGAGAAGUCCCGUGAACAGCUUCGUUACCUCAUCGAUGAAAACGCCUCCACCAAGCUGGAAAACCAGAGAGUCCAGGCUGAGUUUACAACAUUCGAGGAGAAACUCCGGGGAUUCCAGUCUGAAGCUCAUCAGAUGAAGACGUCGAUCAAAAAGUAUGAAGACCUGGUGGAGAAAUACAAGAAGAAGGCCCAGCAGGCUCGUCUGGAGUCGGAGGGGUACUGUCUGAAGCUGGAGAUGAUGCAGAAGGAAAUGCAGGAGGUAAAGGUGAGCCUGGAGAGGGAGAAGGACCAGGUGAGGAGGGAGCUGAUGGGCCGACUCCGCGAGCUGGAGGUGCUGCCCGUCAGACUGAGCAGGACCGAGCAGCAGCUUCGAGAAGCCCAGAAGGAGGUCGACGCCCACGAAAGGAGCAUGAUGGAGAACAGCGCGGCCCUGUCUGAAGUCAGACACCAGUUGAGGCAACAAGACGCUCAGCUGGAGAUAUUUCAGCAGGGGAACCUGCUGCUGCAGGAGGAAAACGACGUUCUCAAAGAAACAAUUCACCACAUAGAAAGGAGCCUGGAGGACAAGAAGGAAGAACACGUAAAGAUGUCUGAGGCUCUCAUCUCAAAAGAAGCUGGAGUCCACAGCGUUCAGCAGCAGCUGGAGGAGAAGACGCAUGAGUGCAGCGUUCUGUCCAGACAGCUGCAACAAACUGUGGACGCUGCAGAGAGACAGGUUGACAACAACAUGCAGAAGGUUUUGGCCAAAGAGAGAGCGUCCCAGUCUAAAACCCUGGAGCUGCUGAACCAGCUGAGUCGAGCUAAGACAGAGCUGAGUCAGCACCAGCGAAGCAAGGAGCAGAUGGAGCGUCAGUUCCAGACUGAGCUGCAGAGCAUGCAGGACAGACUGGAGCAGUCGGACUCGACAAACUGCAGUCUGCAGAACUACGUCCAAUUACUGAAAACCUCGUACGAAAACGUGUUCGGUGACUGUUCACCGAGACUGCUCACAGACUGACUUCAAACUUCACCGACGUUUCUCCCACAACAUAGCAGAUCUAAAUUACAUUUAUUGAGUAUCUGCUUUUUACAUGAGUCUUAUACAGUUGAUGAAAUUAAACAAGAUGUUUUUUUAAUGAAAAGAAUAUUGUUUUGUUUUGAGUAAAUAACUUUUCACGUCAUCAGGAGGUAGAGCUUCUCUACAUACACUGCGGUAGAGACUCUAGAGGAAGCAAUGAGGGGAGAGGACGUGUAUCGCGACAGCUCUCGUUGAUUUUCAAUUUCAAACUAUAUUUUAAACAUUAUAAGGACACGUUGAUGGAAGUUUUUAUACCAGCUUGCUCUCCAGGGACCACAAGAUGCCAAAACCCAAAAGAAGGCCGAAGAAGGCCUAGGCGAAGCCGAGGUCAGACCUGUCAGAGCAAGAUUAAGUAUAUACUCCAGAUGGAGCGUCAGUUCCAGAGUCAGCUGCAGAACAUGAACAUCAACGAUUUUGUUCUGUAUCACAUUAUAACUUGACAGGGAUCUUUUUGUUACUUUUCUGGCACGACAGCAGAGCUCACUUAAGCAAGAGCGAAAUAUAAAAUGUAUUUGAAAGUUUCAUGUAUAGAUUUUCUCUGAUGGUAAAAGAAGCCAUGUGUCCAUC